CAUUUUAAGGUCAUCAAUACCUCUACGCGCAUUAUGCGCGCUAUUAAACUAAGGGUAGAUUCGGAUUCUAGAGGUUAGGUUACCUAUAUAUACGUGGUUUUCCGGUGCGCGUAUGCCAUAUGUAGGCCAAUAUAUAGAGGAGAGUUUUGGGCUCAAUAGCAGUCAAGUUGACCUGCUGCGCGCUCGCAGGGCACCCUACUAUGGCCCUGGGGAUCCACUUUCUCCUGGCGUUUUCCGGUGACAGUGCCACUCUGUAUCGUCUGUUAAGGAGCUUCCACGAUGAGCAAGCGACAGGCACCUUCUCUUCCAUCUUAUGUACAUGACCUGCUCCAACACAACCCGACAACAUGGCGCCAAUACGCCGCUACCUGAGAAUUACCAAAUACUCGGUGCUCGAAUGCCGCAUAUACUUGGACAAUCCCGCGCUGGCGCAGAGUUGGCUUCUCAACCCCCGAGACCCAAUCCUGCCAAAGGUCAUUGAGAGCGUGCGCCCACUGGUCCUGCCCAAACUCCGUGAGGAGAGGGAGCGGGAGAGAAGUAGGAAGAAAAACAAGAAACGCAGCAUCAAAGAUGUGGUCGUCGAGGAUGAGUUCGAGGUGUCGAUCUUUCUGACAGAGACCGACACGCGACAUUCGUUGCUGCACAAACAAAAGCUAUUCCGCGACAAGGUGCAGACAAAGCUGACGUCAAACUCGUCCAAGCUAACGGGCGCAUCCCGCGAGGCGCCCAUUGAUGUGGAGGGCGAGUUUCUUCAAGCGGGUACCCAGACCAACGUACCGAUACUUCGGGAAGAAGACGAGGACGAAGACAGGGUCAAGUUGGCAGACAUCCCUACGCUAGAUGAAACGGCAGACGAGCCCGGUCCCACCAAUAGGAGACCGAAGAGACGGCGCCGAGGACCGGCCGGGCCUAACGAACAGGGAAACAAGUCGGACAAGACCUCCGACGCUGAUAGCGAUAGUGACGUGGACGCCAUCGAAACAGACUCUUCCGCCGAGCGACUGUUUGUGGAUGAUAGCGACGGCAAUGGGAGCAAUGCUUCGAUUGGUCCGCCGCCGCCAAAGCGCCGCAGGGAAAGCGCGGAGCCGGAUGGUGGGACCGAGCAGCGCGACGACAAGAAAAAGAUGGCUAUGGAUAUAUCGUACGAGGGUUUCGCCAUCUACGGGCGCGUGCUGUGCCUCGUGGUCAAGCGGCGGGACGGCGGAGGCAACGGCGGCAGUACAGCCGGCCCGUCGGGCGGUAAAUCCCAAAGCGACCGCCCAGGAGGCCAGGCCGUGAUGGAGAAUUGGAUUACAUCCACCCAAUUGCCUGAACCCGCAAUUGGGGAAGCCGACGUCCCCUGAAGUGACCCGCGACUGGCCGCCAAAUCGGGCGGGAGACGCAGCUUGACCGCCCUGGAACGCGGGCUCGGCAGAGAAGCUCUGGGCGGGGGAUCUGCCGAGGAUCGUCUCCGCGACGCCACCUGAAAGGGCGCACUUGUGUGGCUCGAAUCGCUAAUCAUAACUGCCACGACUGCUUGAUGUCACCAAGGCAAGAACACACUAGCCUUUCACCCUUCAACCAAUCUUGGAAAUUAUCAAUUGGAAGGGCUCCGCACCCUUUGUUUCAGUUUCUCGCUUGCGGAGCAGAUU